AUAUUCCUCGUGAGGUUGUCGGGUGCUCGCUAGUGGCAGAGCACGCGCACUGCAUUUCAUUCGGAGUCCGCAGACUGAAUGAAGAAUCCGCAGCUUCGACACUGUCCUGUGAGAAAGUAGCGGUUCGUCUACGGGAAUCGUCGUGGAAUAUUUAGUUCUGUUUUGAUUCCUCAGGUUCAAAGGGUUAACAUCGCGAGGGCUGGCGAAGUGUCGAACAAGUGACUAUAAAGGACAACAAUACACAACAAACCGCAGCCCUCCAGACUGAGUGGAGCCAGCAACUUGUGAGACGUUCCAGAGCCGCAGCACGACCACCAAGGCUGACAGAGGAAACCCUGACUGUGGGCAAUUUGAAUGAAGUUAGCCAAAAGAGCAUUGGUAGUUCUCAAGAAAUGAGCACGUCCUUAUAAGACGUGUGUCAGACUUGCACCAGUGAGGCCUGCUGCAGUGUAUCAGUUCAACAUAAGUCCUGAUUUGAGCUCCUACAGACUACACCCCCCCCUCUCCAUCAGUGGUAGUGACCCAACUCCGGACAGCUUGCUGGAGGGCCCUUCCUGAGCAGCAGCAGCUGCGUCCUGCUUGCUCACUCCUGGCCCUCCCCUGCUUCCUGUCCUUGGUCAGACAAGGCUAAAAUCUCCUCUCCCCUCACCCCACCCCUCAUCGGUGUUGGCUUUUCAUACUUGCACACUUAUAUUACCCUCUCAAGCAACUUCUUUUGUUGAUCACACGCUCACAGACUGUGUUGGGUUAAUAACGUUCUUUGGAGAUUACCUGCUGACUGAUUUUUGGCCCCCUUGCAUAGGCCCAGUGUCAUCGCGAAGGAAAGUUCCUCUCUUUUACCUGCACUACAACUUGCAGAAUGACUUCCAUGUCUAGUUUGUUCUCCUUCACAAGUCCGACAGUCAGGCGCCUGCUCGGCUGGAAACAGGGAGACGAGGAAGAGAAAUGGGCAGAAAAGGCAGUUGAUGCACUUGUGAAAAAGUUGAAGAAGAAGAAGGGUGCCAUGGAAGACCUGGAGAAAGCGCUGAGCUGCCCUGGACAGCCCAGCAAGUGUGUUACCAUUCCAAGAUCACUGGACGGCCGGCUGCAGGUUUCCCACAGGAAGGGUCUUCCUCAUGUUAUCUACUGCAGAGUGUGGCGCUGGCCGGAUCUACAGUCCCACCAUGAGCUCAAGCCUCUGGACAUUUGCGAGUAUCCGUUUGGCUCCAAACAGAAGGAGGUGUGCAUAAACCCAUAUCACUACAAGAGAGUGGAGAGCCCUGUGCUUCCUCCUGUCCUGGUACCACGGCACAGCGAGUUCAACCCACAGCACAGCUUGCUGGUACAGUUCCGUAACCUCACCCACAACGAGCCACACAUGCCCCUGAAUGCCACCUAUCCAGAGUCCUUCCAACAGCCGCACAAUGGGGGUGGCAGCAGUGGAGGAGGUGGAGGUGGCGGCAGCUCUUUUUCCAUUUCUCCCAACUCUCCAUAUCCUCCUUCUCCAGCCAGCUCUGGUACUUAUCCAAACUCUCCUGCCAGUUCGGGGCCCUCAAGUCCAUUCCAACUCCCAGCUGACACCCCACCACCAGCCUACAUGCCCCCUGAUGAGCCGAUCGGCCAGGAGCCCCAGUCCAUGGAAACGAACAGCAGCCUGGUACCGCAGAGCAUUGCCAGAGGUGAUGUGCAGCCAGUGGAGUAUGAGGAGCCCAGUCACUGGUGCUCUAUUGUCUACUAUGAACUUAACAAUCGUGUCGGAGAGGCUUACCACGCUUCAUCCACCAGUGUGCUCGUGGAUGGCUUCACUGACCCCUCAAACAACAAAAACCGCUUCUGCCUCGGACUGCUGUCCAACGUCAACCGCAACUCCACAAUCGAGAACACCCGCAGACACAUUGGCAAAGGAGUGCACCUGUACUAUGUGGGAGGGGAGGUGUAUGCAGAGUGCCUCAGCGACACCAGCAUUUUUGUUCAGAGUCGUAACUGUAAUUACCACCACGGCUUCCACCCUACCACUGUGUGCAAGAUCCCCAGUGGAUGUAGCCUGAAGAUUUUCAACAACCAAGAGUUUGCUCAACUUCUGGCUCAGUCGGUUAACCAUGGCUUUGAGGCCGUCUAUGAGCUUACCAAGAUGUGUACAAUUAGGAUGAGCUUUGUCAAGGGCUGGGGAGCAGAGUAUCAUCGACAGGAUGUCACCAGCACCCCCUGCUGGAUCGAAGUGCACCUGCACGGGCCGCUUCAGUGGCUAGACAAAGUGCUGACACAAAUGGGUUCUCCUCUCAACCCAAUCUCUUCUGUGUCCUAAUACUGGACUUGUGAGAGCCUGGGAGACCCGUUAUGAAAAUCACCCCCCUCGCCCCCAAAACCCCUCAAUGAUUUCUAAUUUAAAACAGUCUUAAUGGCUGAACUGUUUACACUUACUUUGGGAAGGGAUUGGCUAAUAAUUCAACAGCACCUGCAGCCAGCAUCCAGUUGUUGAAAUGGCAUCAAUGUUGCAAGAAAAUACCUGGAGAAAGAUGAGAAUAUGCCCAAGUAGCAGUGACGACAUGGACACACUACUGCUUGACAAUGCUACAAUACCUACAAGAACUGAGGGCUCCAUUGUCAAGCUUGAAUCUGUCAAAUGUUAAUUUUUUUUUGCAUCAAGUUUUAUUGUUUGACGAAUAACUUUUUGUUUCUCCAUAUGUGUAGUUUUUAAUGAAGCGGAACUGUUUCACUACUCUGCCUUGUGUCUGACAAUUUGAAAUUUUACAAAACACUUUUCUUACAUUGUCUCAAUGUCAAAUAUUUACAAUAAAGAUAUAGACAUGACUAUGUUUACCAUUAGACUCAGAUAUAACAUGCUUUCUUUUUAUAGUCUCUACUGCUAGAAUUGAACACUGAGCUACUGCCUUUUAAGAAAGUUAUGUAUGCCAACCUGAUAGUUUUUGAUAUGGGAGAUCAAUCACUGAACAAGUUUAACAUGCCAUAAGCUAACAACAUUGUGAAUGUUACAUCUAUCGUAAUAGAAGUAGUCAUAUAUGAUAUAAUCAGAAAGUGGACGCCAUCAUUAUUGAUUCUUGUUUGUACUCUCGUGUUCAAGUAAGAGUGGCUGUAUUUUCCAUACUCACUGUAUUAACAAUAUUGUGCACUCAUGAAUUUUAUGGAGGCAUGUUGGAUGGGUUUGGCGUGGGUACCAAGGCAUUAUGUUGAUAAAUAAUUUGACCUCCUUUGCUCAAUGAAAUAAAGGGGUUGUCUGGUAACGGAAUAAUUUUAGUUUUGUACUUUUAAGUGUUUUUGUUUUUAAAUUUUUGACUUUUGGCUCAGUCGCGUAGACGAUAACCUCAGUGUGCAACAAUCUCCUGCUUGUGUUGGACAAAGGCAUUUCCUGUGAAUUUUUAUUUUAUUUUCCUCUUGUUUUUCUUUUUGUUUUAAGUAAAAAUACUGUUUCUAUUUCUUUCUUUUUUUCUAAAGUCAAGUUUUUAUUUUUACUUCAGGUAACAAAAAUGUCUUUAAGUUACCAGUUGAUAACAGCGAUAGCUUAUUGUUCUGUGCUUACGUCUGGUCUUGGCAAAUUGGCGACAAUCAGUCAAAACAUACGUGAGCAGAUGGAUUCACCGUACACAGUGGUUUGUUCUGAUAAUGAAAACUGAUGACACACCAUCCAGCUUUCUCCAUGGAAUCAUUCUAUCUAUGGCUGAUUGCUUUGAAUAGCCUUUAUUAGAUGUAAAGGGUUGUGAAAUACACUGUCACCGUGGUAAACUCAUAAAGGACAGUGAAUUGUAAUGACUGAAAGAUUAAGUACACAAAGUCCACAGCUUAUUUCUGUUUACAGUACGGCUUAGUGUCAAUAAAUCUGUUAUACAAGAA